CAAUUGAAGACAAGGAAGGGUCCAGAAAACAGAUCCAGAACACACAGCGCAAGAUCUAGAAAUAGAGAGCCAGAAUGCUAGCCAUGUGGCCUCUGACAAGAUUGCAGGUUCCCCGCGUAAAUCUCAGUGAGCAGGGAGUGCAGAUGGGAGAGUCCACACAGCAGGGUCACGCAGAGAGCAACGGAGAAUCCAGAAGCUGGCAGAGAACAUGCCCCCCACCCCCCUUCCCUGCCUGUGACUGGGUCACCUGUCAAUGACAGCGCCUUCUCCCACUGGUCCCGGAAGUGGAAUCUCCUCUGUGGCCUCAGCGGCCGCCACCAGUCAUUAAUUCAGAGCCAGUGCGUGGGAGGAAGCCACUAGCCUUCCCACGUCUAGGUAGCACGGCAGGCCCUGGCCCAGAAACAAGAAACGCCUGCAAGCAGCCCACAAGGCAGAGCGAACAUAACUCCUGACCCACAGAUAGCAGGCAGAAAUCACCUGGGCCACGGCGGGUGCGGGACCGUGCUGUCCGGAAGCACCUGCAGAGUCUAGGGAGCCCAGCAGGUGACUUAGGAAGGAAGAGGCCGCUGCGCCGGCUGGAGUGGGGUGCUCUGUGGACAAGGAGCUCAUCCGAAGAAGAACCCAAGAACACCCUACAACUGGUGCAUAGCCCAGAGCACUGGCCUGGCACGUAGCCCAGGGAUGGCGCUUCCUGCCGUGUCCUCUGCCAGAUGUGGCAACAGGCCUGACAAGGGUCAGGGGCUUGGCCGAGGUGACCCCGAUGGCCCCCAGCUUUGGAAUCUCUCCUGUGGCCCCCUCACCUCAUCAGCUAGGAAACCGUUCGCCUCUCGUGGAGUUUUGUCGUGGAGUCUGGGGCUGUGCCAAGCUCUGCUGCCUGCACGCGGACAUGCUGAGUUCCCUGGGCCCCAAGGAGGCCAAGAAGGCCUUCCUCGACUUCUGCCAUUGCUUCCUGGACAAGACGGCGGUUUUGCGGGUGCUAGUCCCUCCCGCCGUCGCCUUUGAACUUGACCGCACGCGGCCCGAGGUCAUCUCCGAGGACUUGCAGCGGCAGUUUGUACAGGAGGUAGUGCAGAGCCAGCAGGCAGCUGUUAGCCGGCUGCUGGAGGACUUCCGCUCCAAGCGGCUCAUGGGCAUGACACCCUGGGAGCAGGACCUGACCCAGCUGGAGGCCUGGGUUGGGCGGGACCGUGCCAACUUUGAGGCCCGGGAGCGGCACCUGGCUGAACGGCUGCUGGCCCACCUGGAAGAGAUGCAACACACCAUCUCUAACGAUGAGGAAAAGAGUGCCGCUGUGGUCAACGCCAUCAGCCUGUACAUGCGCCACCUUGGGGUGCGGACCAAGAGCGGAGACAAGAAGUCAGGGAUGAAUUUCUUCCGCAAAAAGGUGAUGGGAAAUCGGCGGUCAGAUGAGCCAACCAAGACCAAAAAAGGCCUGAGCAUCUUCCUAGACCCUGCUCGCUGGAACCGGGGAGAGCCUCAGGCCUCAGAUUUCCGACACCUCAAAGUCGAGACUGAUGCUGAGAAACCAGGCCUUACGGAAAGGAAGGGAGGCCUGGGGGUGCCCUCCCGGGACCGGAAUGUUGGGGCUCCUGGGCAGGAUGUCCCUGGAGUUUCUCUGCACCCUCUGCCUGGGGACAGCCCUGACCGGGAACCAGGUACUGACACCCCGCCAGAGCUGGGGGACCCACCCCCCCAGGGCCCGGCCAGCCUGGAGCCCCCAGGGCCCUCGGAGAGCACCGAGGAGGGUCCUGACACAGAGAGCCCUGAGCCUGGAGACGAAGGGGACCCUGGGCGGUCAGGACUAGAGCUGGAACCAGAAGAGCCCCCUGGCUGGCGGGAGCUCAUCCCCCCAGGCACCCUGCACAGCCUGCCUAAGAGCCAGGUGAAGCGGCAGGAGGUCAUCAGCGAGCUACUGGUGACAGAGGCUGCCCAUGUGCGCAUGCUCCGGGUGCUGCAUGACCUCUUCUACCAGCCCAUGUUGGAAGGGAACUUCUUCUCCAUGGAGGAUCUACAGAACAUCUUCCCCAGCCUGGACGAGCUCAUCGAGGUGCAUUCCCUGUUCCUUGAUCGACUGAUGAAGCGGAGGCAGGAUAGUGGCUGCCUCAUUGAGGAGAUCGGAGAUGUACUGCUGGCCCGGUUUGAUGAUGCCGAAGGCAAAUGGUUCCAGAAAAUCUCCUCCCGCUUCUGCAGCCGCCAGUCAUUUGCCUUAGAGCAGCUCAAAGCCAAGCAGCGCAAGGAUCCUCGGUUCUGUGCCUUUGUGCAGGAGGCCGAGAGCCGCCCACGGUGCCGCCGCCUGCAGCUGAAGGAUAUGAUCCCCACGGAGAUGCAGCGUCUGACCAAGUACCCCCUGCUCCUGCAGAGCAUUGGGCAGAACACAGAAGAGCCAGCAGAACGGGAGAAAGUGGAACUGGCAGCUGAGUGCUGCCGGGAAAUUCUGCACCAUGUUAACCAAGCCGUGCGUGACAUGGAGGACCUGCUGCGGCUCAAGGAUUAUCAGAAGCGCCUGGACUUGUCCCUCCUGCGGCAGAGCAGCGACCCCAUGCUAAGCGAGUUCAAGAACCUGGAUAUCACCAAAAAGAAGCUGAUCUACGAGGGUCCGCUGACGUGGCGGCUGACAAAGGACAAGGCUGUAGAGGUACACGUGCUGCUGCUGGAUGACCUGCUGCUGCUGCUCCAGCGCCAGGACGAUCGGCUGCUGCUCAAGUCCCACAGCCGGACGCUGACACCCACACCCGACGGCAAGACCAUGCUGCGGCCGGUGCUGCGGCUCACCUCCGCCAUAACCCGCGAGGUGGCUACCGAUCACAAAGCUUUCUAUGUCCUUUUUACCUGGGACCAGGAGGCCCAGAUAUAUGAGCUGGUGGCCCAGACGGUGUCGGAACGGAAGAACUGGUGUUCCCUCAUCACUGAAACUGCUGGAUCCUUGAAGGUCCCUGCCCCCGCCUCUCGCCCCAAACCCCGGCCCAGCCCAAGCAGCACCCGAGAACCCCUGCUCAGCAGCUCAGAGAAUGGCAAUGGUGGUGGCCGAGAGAUGCCCCCAGCUGACGGCCAGACGGAGAGAAUCCUCAGCACCCUCCUGCCCUACUGCAGGCCCCGCCCUGAGGGCCAGCUUGCUGCCAAGGCCCUUGAGAAAGUGCUGUCCCUGAAGCAGCUCCUGUUUCCCUCGGAGGAAGACAGUGGGGCAGGGCCUCCCCAGGAAGGGGAUGGGGUCCCUGGGGGUGGCCCCCUGAGCCCGACACAGACCCACACCCAGGAAAUUCGGGAAAAGCUGCUCAGCCUGGAGGAGACCAUGAAACAGCUGGAGGAGGUGGAGGAGGAAUUUUGUCACCUGCGACUCCUCCUGUCUCAGCUUGGGGAGAACAGCACCCCCCAGCCUGGGUGUACCUGAGGCUCCUUGGGCCAGGCAGGCCUUUUGCAAGACUGAGGGCCACCCGCCGCCACCGCACAGCACAGCUGCCGCAGCAUCUCCAACCCCAAGGGUCCGAGGAGAGGGAACCGGGCUGCCAGGGGGGCCAUGCCUGGGGGGGCCCAGCUGGGAUCACUGCCUCCCCCAACUUCCCAUUGGCCUUGGCCUUCUCUCUCUCCUGCCUUCUGCUUGGGGGACUCAGGGCUUCAUUCCGGCAGGGGGGAACCACAGUGACCCUCUCCCAUUCCCCAGGCCAUCUCAGUAGUGCCUGGGGGGGGCACCCCUCCAUUCCCCACCCCCAAGUGCCUUUGCUCUGUUUUUACACCCUGAAUUGGAGGUUUAUUUUUUAAUAUAUAUUAUCUAAGGAGA